ACCAUUGGGUUUUCCUCUGUUCCUACUUCAUUUUGCUCACUGUUCCUCUUCUCACGCCCUCUCUUUCUUGCUCUCUGGCUCUGAUAUUCUCGGGGAAGAAGAGAGGCAGAGAUAUCGAGGGAACUGGAAAUCUGUGCGGCUUCUUCUCUCUGCUUCUUCGGUAGUGAAGGACUGCGGCUUACAGCUUCAUUGAAGAGAAGCUAGGCCCUUUUCGGAUAAUGCGGUUAGUGUAAACAAAGAUAAGCGUGGAAGACGAUGGAAGGUCAAUACUUAGCGCAGCUGAAGCACAGUGUUCACUUCGAAGUGACCUCCAAACCUAUCCAUCACCUAUCUCGUCGUCCUGCAAUGCCCUCCUUCGCCGGAGCAAACACAGUCCGCUUUUUCUGCGACGAUGUGGAUGCUACGGACUCAGACUCCGAUUCCGACUCCGGCGAACCUUGCUUUGGAAGACGACGAGUGAAGCGUUAUGUGCAGGAGAUUAGAUUCGAGGAACGGCUUGACAUGGCUGCUGGUGAAGGAAAAGCUGUGAAGGCUAGCGCCGGCAAAAGAAAGAAGAAGGGAAUAGCUUCAUCGGAGAAGCAACAGCCUAUCACCGGAGCUCCGAGGUUUCGCGGUGUUCGCCGGCGACCGUGGGGGAAAUUUGCGGCGGAGAUUCGUGACCCAACCCGUCGUGUUCGAGUUUGGCUCGGCACUUACAACACCGCCGAGGAAGCCGCCAAGGUGUACGAUUCAGCCGCUAUACAGCUCCGCGGCCCCGACGCGGCAACCAACUUCUCCUCCGCUCCGGCGGUUGAAGAACCACCACGUCCACUUCCGGCAAGGAACUUGUCCAUGACCAACCUCUCCGUCUCCGGUGGAUACGAGUCCAGCGAGGACUCCCACAACAUUUGUUCUCCCACCUCCGUCCUCCGUGGUUUCUCUUCUUCCACAGCCGUCCAAGACGAACCGGAGAAGCCCUCUUCCAGUGGCUCCAUCAGUUUGCCGGAAGAGCUCGCCGGUGAGCUCAUGGCGUUUGACGAAAUGCCUCUUUACAACGACUUUCUGGAUCUGAGCGCCACCGAGCCGAGGUUUUUCGAGAACCCAAUGGAUCAGUUUGGGUUAUUUGCUCGUGAAUCAGUCAUACCAAACACCUGUUUCGACCUCCGGUCAUCUACUUAUGAAGAUGGCGACGAUUUAUUUGAAGAAAUCGGCGAUUUGUUCCCCCUCGAACCACUCCCUCCCGUUACCAUCUUCUGAGUUUAAAAAUAUCGGCGGUACCGUUUCGUAUCGCUCGCCGGAUACCGGAUUCGGUCGAUUUUGUAGCGGAGUAGAGGAACUUUUAUCAAGUUUAGCGGCUUUUUUUAUUUAUUUUCUUUUAUUUAUUUGUUUUUAUUUUAUGUAUUUCCCUCUCUAUCCUCCUGCCCGAUAUUAUCUCCGUCAUCUAACGGACGCCUCUGUUUCAAGCUUUGAACUUUUUUUAAUAUUUGAGUGC